AUGUUAAACAGAAGCAUUAGUAGGACUACAACUUUAUUCAAUAUUAAUAUUAAUAGUAAUUGUAUCAAACAACAUAUUCUUAAUAAUACAAACAAGACAGAAGAUUCUUGGAGGAGGAGUUUAUCAACAACAACAACAACAACAACAACAACAAGAUAUCAACAUCAACAACAACAACAAAAACAUAAUAUACUUUUGCAUCAUUAUAGUAAUAAUAUCAAUAAUUUAGUAGGAAGAAGAAUGUUGUCAAAUGAUAGUAAUAGCAUUCAACAACAAACAACUGUAAAUAACAAUAGUAGUAAUACAGAGUUUUUAAACAACAUUGAUAAUAAUCAACAACAUCAAUCAAGUGUUGACAAGAAUCAAAAAGAAGAAGAGUUGAAAAACAAAAAGGGUUCUGUUCAUGGUCGUACAUUUGAAGAUGCCAUCGAGAAACUCUUUUCAAUGCAGUCAAAUCAAAAGACUGUAGAGUCUUGGGCAACAUCAAGAUUAAAUGAAAAGAAUAAUAAGGAUAGUAAUAAUAAUCAAGGAGGUAUAGGGUUUGAUAUUAUGAGUGAGGUUAGAGAAUAUUGUAAAAUUUUAGAAAUUGAUUUGGAAAAACCAUCAGUAAUUCAUAUUGCAGGUACCAAAGGAAAAGGAUCAACUUGUGCAAUGGUUGAAUCAAUGAUUAGAAACCAAGGAUUUACAACUGGUCUCUUUACAUCUCCUCAUCUCAUUUCACCAAGAGAAAGAAUUAAAAUCAAUGGUGAAAUGGUUUCAAAAGAAGUAUUUACAGAGAAUUUUUGGUUUUGUUGGGAUCGUUUAUUAUCAAAAGAUUUUCAAUUUAUGGUAUUUUUUAGAUUUAUUACAAUGUUGGCAUUGAGAAUAUUCCAACAAUUAAAUGUUCAAUGUACUAUAUUGGAGGUUGGUAUUGGAGGUAGAAUCGAUUCUACCAAUGUUUUUCCAAAGCCAACAGUGACUGCUAUCACUGCAUUGGGAUACGACCACAUGAAUGUAUUGGGUAAUACGUUGGGAGAGAUUGCGAGUGAAAAGGCUGGAAUCAUCAAAAAGGGAUGUCCAAUAUUUACAGUUGAUCAAUUACCCGAAGCGAUGCAAGUCAUCGAGGACACUUCAAAACGAGUAGAUGCUCCUUUGAAUGUUGUCCCUGAUUUUGGGUCGUAUCAUUUAACCGGACCGAUCGGAUUAGAAGGUGAUUUCCAAAAACAAAACUCGGCACUUGCCAUCGCAGUUUGCAAUGCAUGGCUAGUUAACAGCAAACUAACAUCAAAGGAACAGUUGGACACCAUCUUUUCAGCCAGUCCUUCAUACAAGGAUUAUAAUGUGGAUGUAAAUAAUUACCAAGCAUCCUAUUUCACACCACUUCCACUUGGGAUUCAAAAGGGACUUGAAAAAGUCGAGUGGCCAGGACGUGCCCAAACACUAGUCUCCAAGGACAACCCGCUCGUUCAAUUCCAUCUAGAUGGUGCACACACCAAAGAAAGUGCUUUGGUUUGUUUGGAUUGGUGGAAAGAAAAGUGUCAUGACAGUGACAUGGCAACAACAGAAUACAUACUCAUUUAUAAUUGUACAGGAGGACGUAAUGCUGGUGUCUUUUUAGAACCAUUUACAGAGUCUAUUGAGAGGGGUGAGAUACCAGCCUUUUCACAACUCUUUGUUCCACACCUCGACAAGACCAAUACACACAUCUAUUCCAAAGGAACGACCGACGACAACAACAUAUCAAUCGAACAAACUAUCGCUGCCAAGUAUAUCGAAUUAUCACCAACUCGACCAAACAAAGUUUAUGAUUGCAUCGAUAUCCCAACAACAGUCCAAACCAUAUUGGAUUAUAGUCGAGACAAUAAUGGAAAGAAAAUCAAAGUUUUGGCAACUGGAUCUCUUUAUAUUGUUGGUGGCGUAUUACAAAGUGUUACUAAUCAAUCUGAUCAAUAUUUAUAA